AUGGCUACGUUUGUAUGCAGGGUCCAGUUCCUAGAUGAUACCGAUCCGUUCAACAGCACCAAUUUUCCGGAGCCCACCAGACCUCCGCACUAUACGUUCAGGGAAGACAUUCCGCUCAUAAACCAGAUUGCUGGAGUUCACAGGCUACUUAAAGCGCCACAAAAGCUUGAUGACUGUGCUCUCCAGUUCUCACACAGUGGCACUUACCUGGACCUGGAGUCCACUCUGGCUGAGCAGAGGGAUGACCUGGAGGGCUUUCAGGAGGACGGCGGGAGAGGCAAGAAACACAGCAUCAUCCUGAGGACUCAGUUGUCAGUGAGAGUGCACGCCUGUAUCGAGAAACUCUAUAAUUCAACAGGAAGAGAACUGAGAAGGGCCUUGUUCUCUCUCAAACAGAUCUUCCAGGAUGAUAAAGACCUGGUGCAGGAGUUUGUGGUGGCAGAGGGACUCAGCUGUCUGAUUAAAGUUGGAGCAGAAGCCGACCAGAACUACCAGAAUUACAUUCUCAGAGCUUUGGGCCAGAUUAUGCUGUAUGUGGAUGGGAUGAAUGGCUUAAUUGAACACAAUGAGACAGUCCAGUGGCUCUACACACUCAUUGGAUCAAAGUUCCGUCUGGUGGUGAAGACAGCCCUGAAGCUUCUGCUGGUGUUUGUGGAAUACACAGAGUCAAAUGCUGCUCUGCUCAUCCAAGCAGUAAAUACGGUCGACAGCAAAAGAGGUCAUAAAGCAUGGUCCAAUGCUAUGGAGAUACUGGAGGAAAAGGAUGGAGUUGACACAGAGCUGCUGGUAUAUGCUAUGACCCUCAUUAAUAAGACGUUGGCAGGUCUGCCUGAUCAGGACUCUUUCUAUGAUGUUGUGGACUCUCUGGAGGACCAGGGUAUUGAGGCCCUUGCACAGAAACAUCUGAACCGGAAGGGCACAGAUCUGGACCUGGUGGAACAGAUCAGUAUCUAUGAGAUGGUCCUUCGUCACGAAGAUGGCGAUGACGAGACUCCACCUCCCCAGGCAGGCCGUAAAGCCCGCCGCCGUGCCAGUGUGGGUGCCACGCCCGAGCGACGGGGCUUAGAAAGACGUCGUAGCAGAAGACACUCGCUCCAACACAGCAAAAGCCACUCCUCUGCUCCACCCUCUCCUAGCAGCACCUCCGACUGGAGCAGCAACACCUCUGGUCUCUUACCCUUCAACGGGCGGAGGAUAGAGAAUUUGAGCGAAAGAGAGGAAGAGGUGGAGGAGGAAGAUGAGGGACAGCAAGACACAGAACGCUCUAGAAACACAAAAAGUUCUAGAAAGGCAACCGCCAGGAUGACGGUGGCACGGGCAAGCCGAGAUGAAGCUUCUAGUUUGUGUUUGUCCUUUAAAUGCAUGGCCAGUCUCAUUCCCAAUGCCGCAGAGUCAGAGAGCGGGGGAGAGCCACAGGGCCGUCGCGGGGACGAAGUCGUUCGUGCCGUCCCCGUCCUCUCUCCCCCCACGUCCCCCUGCGGGGGCCCCCGCCCCUGGCCCUGUGCCAGAUCCCACGGGGGGUUUUCCCAAUGUUCCUCUGUUACUUCCUCAACCUCCACCUCUCCCAGCGAGGAGCCCCUCUCUCCUUUCCCCCUCUCCUCUCCAUCCUCCUGCCCUUCCAACUCAGACGAGCAGCCCCCGGGGGCGUCCCAGGGCGGGAGGGGAGCGGCCCCAGACAAAAUCGACAGUCUUUCAGAUGUUAAAUACUUACCCACACGCUCUGCCACAUGUGCCUCCAGGGCCACUGUCAUCAGCAGACAGAAUGGCCAUGGCAGUGUGUCACUGGGCAAGUCUAACGGUGUGGCUAGUGCCCAGCCCACCCCUCACCCCUGUAAUCGAUUGGCCAGCACAGGUGCCACUCCAGCGGAGGCCAAGCCUGAGAGACCGGCUCUCGGGGGAUUGCUGACUUCGUCCUAUCGGCAGCAUCAGGAGUCCCUGGCUGCUGAGCGAGAGCGCAGACGGACAGAGAGAGAAGAGCGACUUCAGAAAAUUGAGAGAGAGGAGAGAAAUCGCUUCAAUCGGGAUUAUGCAGACAAACGGGAGGAGGUUCGACAGGCUCGAGAGGAGAGGUACAGACAGGUGGAGAGAACUGCAUCUGAGGAGUACGAGAGAGACAGAACGAGAGUGUUGCCACGGGGACGGACGGAGAUUACGCUGAAUCUUAGCCCUCGACCGUCCAGCUCCUCCACGUCACGCAGUGUUACACCUGUCGAACAUCAAGACAACACACACACACACUCCGUACAAGUGACGAAACCUGAGCCACACCUUAACAAGCAGACUGCAGUAGAGUCUUUCCCAGUCACAACCUCUGCUUCACCAUUCAAACCAGUAAAGGAGCAGAGUCCCAGAGAGAGGGAUGGCACGAGCGCCCCUCCGCCGCAGACGGAGGCAGAACCCCUGUCUGAAAAACCCGUCAACGGCCAGGAAGAGGAGGAGGCCGAGACAGGAACGGAGGCAGAGAUAGAGGGAGAGGAAGGAGGAGGGGAGUGUGAGAAUGAACAGAUGAUAGAGGGAGAUGUAGAGGAGUGCACCACCCUGAGCGAGAAAGAACGACAGAACGAGGAACUGAACGAGAAAGACAACUGUUCGGCGUCCAGCGUGUCCUCGGCCAGCAGCACUCUGGAGCGAGAGGAGCGUGAAGAGAAAGUCAUGGGUGGCAGUGACACAGGUCCAUGGGCAGAAUGCAUCACAGACGCCAGCGUGAAUGAACAAUGCGGGAAAGUGCUUAACAGCAAGCAUUUUACGCUGGACAUGCUGUACGUCCAGAACCAGAAACCCGGAGAGGAGCAGGAGAAAGAGGAAGAGACAGAGAGGAAGAAGGAGAAGGAGGAGAAAGCUCUGCCGUGUCCCGGUCAGGAGUCGGCGCUGGGCAGCUUGGCCAGUCGUAUCUCCACGCUGGAGGCGCGGCGGCAUGCCUGUGAGGAGAACGUUAAGAAGAUGGAGGUGGAUCACCUGGACAACCAGGGCAGCGUCCGGGCCGUGGCAGAAAAAUUCGGCGACCUCGUGAAGGGGCUGGUGUCCCCUCAUGAAAUGGAGCACCUCGAGAAAGAAAAGCUUCAGCAGCCGGAGAGGGUGACCCCUGCCCCGUUACCUGUGCCCCCCAAAAAGGAAUCGGACUAUAUCUGGGACCAGUUACUGGCUGUCCCGCGACAGCUACGCAUAAAGGAGAUGGAUUUCACCGACCUGUCUGAGGAGGACGAUGUCGACAUUUUGAAUGUUGGUGAUGUGAUUGGUCCAGGAGACCUCACUCCUCCCCCGCCCCCUCCACCCUGCCUACCCACCUUCCCACCUCCUCCCCCCCUGUUUGGGUGCCCCCCUCCUCCACCCAUUCCUGGUAUGAUGCCCCCUCCCCCACCCUUUGCACCCAUGUCACCUCCCCACGUAGGUUCUCCUCAGCUGGCCAGAGGAGACACCCCGCUCUUCCAGAAGAAAAAGAAGACGAUCCGAUUGUUCUGGAACGAGGUCCGGCCCACGGACUGGCAGUGUCAGAACCAUAAGCGCAGCAGAGACUCACUGUGGUCCAAACUGGAACCAGUCAAACUGGACACAGCCAAACUAGAGCAUCUCUUUGAGACGAAAUGUAAGGAGCUUCCAGUCGCCAAGAAAACGGCUGCCGAUGGAAAACGUCAGGAGGUCAUUGUCCUCGACUCCAAACGAAGUAACGCCAUCAACAUCGGGCUGACGGUUCUCCCGCCGCCUCGAACCAUCAAAACCGCCAUCCUCAACUUUGAUGAAUACGCGCUGAACAAGGAAGGCAUUGAGAAAAUCUUGACAAUGAUUCCUACAGAGGAGGAGAAGCAGAAGAUCCAGGAGGCGCAGCUGGCCAACCCGGACACUCCCUUGGGCAGCGCGGAGCAGUUCCUCCUGACGCUGUCCUCCAUCAGUGAGCUGUCCGCCCGUCUGCAGCUCUGGGCCUUUAAGAUGGACUAUGAGUUCAUGGAGAAGGAAGUGGCUGAGCCACUGCAGGACCUGAAGGAGGGCAUGGACCAAUUAGAGAAGAAUAAAACCUUACGCUGCAUCCUGUCAACGCUACUCGCCAUUGGCAACUUCCUCAAUGGAUCCAAUGCAAAGGGUUUUGAGCUGAGUUAUCUGGAGAAAGUUCCUGAGGUCAAGGACACAGUUCAUAAGCAGUCUCUGCUGCACCAUGUCUGCUCCAUAGUGGUGGAGAAAUUUCCAGACAGUUCUGACCUCUACUCUGAAAUCGGGGCUUUCACCCGCUCUGCAAAGGUGGACUUUGACCAGUUACAGGAGAAUUUGUGCCAAAUGGAGCGCCGUUGGAAAGCAUCAUGGGACCAUCUGAAGGUCAUAGCCAAGCAUGAGAUGAAAGCAGCGCUGAAACAGAGAAUGUCUGACUUCCUGAAAGACUGCGCGGAGAGAAUCAUCGUCCUCAAAAUCAUACACCGCAGGAUCAUUAACAGGUUCCACGCCUUCCUCCUCUUCCUGGGCCACCCAGCGUACGCCGUGAGGGAGGUAAGCAUCCACCGCUUCAGCAAGAUCAUCAGCGAAUUUGCCCUGGAGUACCGCACCACGCGAGAACGCAUUCUCCAGCAGAAACAGAAGAGAGCCAGCCACAGGGAGAGGAACAAGACUCGAGGCAAACUGAUCACCGACAGUGAUGAUGAGGAGGACGGCCAGAGUGGGAAGUUUGCAGGCACGCCGUCUGACGGGCAGGACCGUCCGGCCCAGGGGCUGGGCUACACGGAGGAUGCGGCGGAACACGAGCACAUGACGGCGGUGCUGCGGAGAAGCCUGCAGGGCGAGGACAGUCCAAGCACCUCGUUCGUCCCCGGACACCGCUCCAGAACACGGCCCAACCGAGGCCGUCAGGGGUUGUGGUUGUCGGCAAAUGAUGACACGGUUAACGGCACCGAUGACACAGCCGAUGACAUCAUGGAGCGGAUUGUGAGAUCAGCCACUCAAGGCCCAGGUCAGCGCACACAACCACGAGAGAGAAAGCGCUCCAGAGCCAAUCGGAAAUCCUUGAGAAGAACGCUGAAGAGUGCAUUAUCUCCAGAGGAGGCCCAGGCCCUGGGGUUGGCCACUGGCUCUGAAGUGCACGUGUGA